AUGUCGCAGGAACCUACGCCCACCGAUCAGGAGGUCAAGAUAGGUAUCCCCUAUCUAUCACCCACCUUAAACAAAAACACAACAACCACCAGCACCAGAAAAAUCAACAAAAACCAACAAAAAAAUACUAAAACAAAUGAUAAUGAACAACAAAAAAAAAGAGAAGAAGAAAAUGCAACAUCAUCCGCAUUGGGUAUAAUGAGCAUCGAUCAGGAGAACAUUACCGGAAAGAAAAGGAGUGCAUCAACUUCUCCCGGAAUAGGAAUAGACGAAAUGCUUAAUGAAAUACAACUAGCAAACAAGGAGCAUCUGAAUGAACAGCAAAUUGAAUUUAUUAAUAAAUUCAACAAACACCAAAAAAAAAUCGAAUGUCAAGAAUGCAAAGGAGCAUGGAUAAACAUCAACAGAAUAGAUAACAUGGAAGUAGGAGAUGAAGAAAGUACAGAGAUUGUACUAACAUGCAAAAAAUGCACAAAACACUAUGCAAUGGAAGAGGUACAAGAAAUUAUGUCGAGAGCCACAAAGGAAAAAAAAAGACAAAUAGGAGAAAAAAACACAAUAACAGGAAAAAAAAAGGGAGUACAAUAUACGGAAGAAAUAGAAGCCGUAGUAGUACAGUAUGAAUUGCACAGAGGACAAAUAUCAUGCAAGAAAUGUAACACAAUUGGAAGCCUACAAAAAAAUGGAAGCAACCAAAGUAAACCCCCUAAGCCACAAUACAAGUGCAAAAAAUGCGAAAAAGGAACAACAUAUGACGAAAUGAAAACCAUUUUAAAAUACGAAACACAAUCAACAAGUGAAGAACAAAUGGAACUAGACACUGAGAGAGGAAGAUGA